AUGGAGCAGCCCUUCGUCGCCAUCGCCUCAACCUUCACCUGCGACCCGGUCCGCCGGUGGGCCGAGUUCUGGCUCGAGCAGGCGGGUCUGAACGCAUCGGUCUCUUUUGCCGCCUACGGACAGCUGGAGUUUGAGCUGCGGGGCCCUCAGGCGUUCCGUGGUGCAGCCUGCUGUGUUGGCCUGCUGCGCAUGGACGACUGGCAGCGCGGGCACGCGCCGUUCGACGCCGAUCGGUUUGAGGAUGACCUGUCCACCUUCCUCGUGUCUGUACGCGGCGCGCUCGCUAACGUCCGCCGGCUGGUGAUAUGCAUCUGCCCGGGCCGGCCGUCGGCGCACGCUCCGCUGCUCGCUGCCGCCGCCGAACGGCUCAAAGCUCUAGCCUCCUCCGAGCCGCGCCUGGCCAUCAUCGACGCGCUCACGCUCGCACGGCAGUACGCUGUGACGGACGUGCAUGACGCGCUCGGCGACGAGAUCGGGCACAUGCCAUACACGGAGCAGAUGUGGUGCGCGCUCGGCGCUGCGGCUGUUCGCGGGUCGGUGCCGGCCCUGCUCCCGCCGCUGAAGCUCGUGGUGGUCGACUGCGACUACACGCUGUGGUCGCACGCCCUCGGCGAGGCGAGGCUCGUAUGCGAGGCGCACCACCUCGCGCUGCAGCGGCGGCUCAAGCAGCUUCACGCGCGCGGCGUCCUCCUCGCCAUUGCGUCGCGCAACGAGCCGGGCGAGGCGCGUGCAGUGUGGCAAGCCCUCGGCCGCGCAGAGGCGGUGCCGCCCGACGCGUCUGCGCCGCUGCUGCGCCGGUGCGACGUCAGCGCACACCGCAUCGCGCGCGUGCUAGACAAGGGGGACGCGGCGUGCCUCUUCGUCGACGACAACCCAAUGGAGGCGCUCUCCCAGCUCGAGCACGGCCAGAGGCGGGCGCUGCGCGAGCAGACUGGGUCUCUGGCAGAGUACCACGCUUCCCUCGGGCUGGAAAUCCGCGCCUCCGAGGAGCGGCUGAUCGAGCUGCACCAGCGCACGAACCAGUUCAACGCGUGGAAGCGUCCGCUGCCCGCGCCCGCCCUGCUCCGCGCCUCCUCCAGCGAGGCCUUUUGCGUGCGCGUCGCCGACCGAGUCGCCGUCCGGGUGGUAGGCAGCCGCCGCAAUCUGCCGCUGCGCCGCUUCCUCGAAGCGACUCGCGACGCCACCGACGGAGCGACGCUCGUGCGCGCGGUGCAGCGCGAGGGAGGCGCCGCCGCCGCCGCUGCAGAGGAAAGCGCGGACUCGUCGUUCGACGCGUGGGCGGGCGCGCCGCCGGAGGCUCCGCUGGUGUGCAUCGCCGAGCGGCUCGCUCGGAUCCCACGCGAGAGUCGGAGCGUCGGGCAGGCGAUGCAGGCACGUGGCGCCGCUCGGCCGCCGCUCCCCUUUCUGCCGCGGCACGGCGCCUCCGCCGCUGACGCGCUCAGCUUGCUGCGGGGCGUGUGGCAGCACGUGCUCGACCUCGAGGAGGGCGAGGCGGCGGCUCUCUCCGACUCGUCUCCCUUUGGAGCGCUCGGCGGCGACUCUGUGCUCGCGGUGGCGAUGGUGUCGCUCGCAGCGAAGCACGGACUCACCCUCGCCGUCUCUGGCGAGGCGCCCGAGACGAUGACGAUGGGCACGCUGGCCUAG